CCUAACGGCCCUCUGGGCUCCCUCCCCAAUGAACAAUUCAAUUUCUCAUCAGCCAGCCACUCUAGAUAGAGGCAACUCUACCCCUCAUAAACUUUGUUCUCCCUGUGAAUAACGUCGAACAACAACACUAUUUCAGGUGUUAUUCAUGUGCCACCCCCUACCAUGUUCUUGGGUUACUUCUUCAUCCUCGGGCCACAAUGGCAUCCGAUGCCUUUUAUGAUAAUAACUCGGCCAAUGAGCCCGAUUCCGCAACCAUGCAUGAUACAUCCGAGUACGCGUUUGAACCCGAAUAUUGUCCAGAUGAGCUACAUCUGAUCAUCAAGCGCAACGACACGCUCGGUCUGCUCCGCUACAGCGAAGAAGCAAAAGAGCGUGGUGAGGAUUUUUUCAGCCGGGUCAAAGUAAGCCUUUUCGGCUACUACCCGUUUCCGCCCUUCUAUUCCGCGGCGGAUUAUGGAAGUCUGAACGCUUUACGCGCCUUGGUCAAUCUCUAUCAGUCCGACCCUACGCAUUCUCAACAGCCGCUGGAGAAAUAUCUGCAGAGACUUGACUUUCGGAUGCUUAACCUCGCCUGCGGCAACGCCGACAGGAAAAUGACACGGUUCCUGCUCGAUCAUCAGCCACCCCUGGGCGCGUGGCGGGAUCGGGACGCUAAGGGGGCGACACCGCUGGUCUGUGCCGCACAGGCUUUUCCCGGUAAUGUGGAGGCUUUGAAGAGAAAGAUGAAGGAGACAAGUCCCGCGAUGAUCCGGGAGAAGUUGCGAGAGCACCAUGCUCGCUAUGGCGAGUUUAUCGAGUUCUGUUUGGCCAGUGGUGCUUCGGUCCGCGAGGCGGAUCAAUACAUGCUUCCCUAUCAACUCGGAUGGCAAGCCCAGCCUGGCGACCAGCAGAUACUGGGGGACACUGUGCUGGGCAAUGUGAUAACCCACGCUAGCUAUGCAAUGGUGUCCCGCUUGAUCGCGGCAGGCGCCGAUGCGCAUGUCGUGCAGACGUGGUACGAUCCCUGUGCCUUUGGUUCUGCCUUGCGGUGCAGCGGGGUCACACCGCUGCAUAUUGCCAGCAAAUGCUGGAAUUUGGAUGCGAUUCAGGCGCUGCUGGACCACCGGGGUCGGAUCGAAUUGGCCGAGAUGGUGUCGAGAAUGGAUGACCACGGACGGCCACCACUGCAUUGGGCAUUAAUGGGCGAUGAGGACGAGAUUGCCACCUUGACUCCUUUGGAAGUGACCUCGCGGAUGUUGCGCACUGUGAAGCUGCUUCUUGAUAUUGGACCAGCGAUGGUGAAUGUGAAGGAUCAUGAUAACAAGACAGUGCUGCAUUAUGCGGUUGACAGUCAUGUGGGGGAUGCCGACUGUCUCGAGGCAGUGAAAUUGCUGCUGGAGUACCGACCUGACCGGGACGUCCUGAACGCCCAGGGUGCGGACCUGGAUGACCCGGGCUCGACCGUUUUGCAUUACGCCGUAUCGCGUCGUGCAGAUGACGGCGUCAAGUCUGAGAUCUUCUUCCAGCUACUUGACAUUCUAAUUAUGCAUGGGGCAGAUCCGACGAUGUGCGACGAGGCAGGCCGAACAAUGCUAUACCCAUUGGCUAUGAUAGGGACAGACAUCAGGCCUAUCGAUGCUGAGACCUUGGAGAAGAUCUUGACACUGGUGGACAUCAACCACGCUGACGUGAAUGGAGAUACCUCGCUGCAUCACAUCGUGAGGCGAAUUCGCCAAAUCGGAGCGGUUGAUAAACUGCUCAACCGGGGUGCCGACGUCAACGCAGUCAACAAGAAGGGAAACACGCCGCUACAUGUGGCCGUUGGAGCAAGUACCUUCCCCAGUGUACGAAGAAUGGACGAUGGUGGAUUCGUGGAAAUCCCGCCCGAAGAACGGUUGGAGGCGUUUGAGAAGAUGAUCGACAUUCUCCAGCAGGCUGGAGCCUCCGUGGAUCAAGCCAACCUUGCAGGAGAAACACCGCGUGAAAUAUUGAAAGAGACCAGAGAACGAUGGGCGCCGAAAGACUUUAGUCCUCGCUGGAGAUAGCAUCGCCUCAGCCUAUAGAUUAACAACCAUAUUCAUGGAAGAUGAUUAGGUUUAGUCCUUUUGCUUUUUGAGAACCAGAAAUAGAAGAGUGGAG